AUGGUUUUAUCAGCCCCAGUUAUAGCCCUGGGGGCUACCUUAGGGACUGCAACCAGCAUCCUCGCCCUCUGUGGUCUCACCUGCUUCUGCAAAUGCAAGCAACCUGGGAAAGGAGUCUCAGAAAAGGACCAAGAGGAGGAUGUGGAAAAUGCUAAGCCCAGCGUGCUUCAGCCAGCCCAGCAAUUCAACGUUAAGAAAACUGCAGAGCCUGUCCAGCCUCGAGCACUCCUGAAGUUUCCCAACAUUUACGGCCCCAAACCAGUAGUAACUUCACCUGAAAUUGUUAACUAUACGCAGUACUCCCUGAAGACAACAGAAGAACCAGCUGCUGGAAAACACACUGGUUUGGAUGAGAACAGGAUGAAGAUAGAAGUCAACGAAGAGCUGUUUGUCCUCCCUCAAAACGGUGUUGUCAAGGAUGUGUGUGUCACGGAGCACCUGAACCCCGAGAGGGCUGCCGGCUGCAACCAGGCCCCCGAACUGCGCUACUCCCUCGCCUACGACCCAGAGAAAGCCGAGCUGCGCGUGGCCCUUCUGGAAGCUCUGCAUGGCAGAGUGAGCGGCGACCAAGACGCUGGCUGCCAUUGCUACAUACUGGGCACACUGGUGAGCAAGUCCGGUAUUGCUGAGGCCCAGACAGAGCUGAAGAAGAAGGUGCUUCACACCCUCUGGGAGGAGGUCCUGCGAUUCCCAUUGGCCAAGGAAGAUAUGCCAGAGGGGACACUGACCCUCACCCUGAGAAACUGCGACAAGUUCUCCAGACACAGCAUUGUGGGGGAACUCAAACUGAGUCUUGCUAACAUGGAGGAGUCCUUCGGGACGGACCACUGGGAAAGGCUAAAGACCCCCGAGAAGGAGCCUUCCACAGGCCAUGGGGAGGUCCUGCUCUCCAUCAGCUACCUGCCAGCAGCGAACCGCCUGCUGGUGGUCAUUAUUAAGGCUAAAAAUCUCCACUCCAAGCAGCUGAAAGAUCUACUUGGCAACGACGUUUCUGUCAAGGUGACACUGAGGCAUCAGUCCUUGAAGCUAAAGAAGAAGCAGACCAAACGCGCCAAACACAAGAUCAACCCCGUAUGGAACGAGAUGAUCAUGUUUGAGGUGCCACACGAGCUCCUGCGUGCCUCCAGCGUGGAGUUGGAGAUGCUGAGCCAGGAUGAUGCCGGGCAGAGCCACGUGCUCGGCAAGUGCAGCUUGGGCUUACACGGCGCUGGCACGGAGAGGAACCACUGGGAAGAAAUGCUGAGGAACCCCAGGAGACAGAUAGCCAUGUGGCACCAGCUCCACAUGUAGGCUCCUCAUGAUUGCUGCCAACCAGAUGUCCACUCAGCCUUCGAGCCUGGGGGAAUAAGCUGCAUUUCACCGUCUACCUUCCCCUGCACAAAGUUUCUCAGCACAGCAUUCUUCUUAUGCCACCUUCUCU